UGCGCUUGGUUAACCGCCUAGCCGCAGGAACGAUGUCUGCGAUUCGCAAGAAGAUCGUUAAGGACGAUGGCGCCGCCCUCUCUGAGUUCGAGAAGGAGGUUGCUCAGGCUCUCUUCGACCUCGAGGCCACCAACAACGAGCUCAAGGCUGAGCUCAAGGACCUCUACAUCAACGGUGCGCAGGAGGUUGACGUGUCCGGUGGCCGCACCGCGGUCGUGAUCCACGUCCCCUUCCGCAAGCUCAAGGCGUUCAACAAGAUCCAGCAGAGGCUGGUGCGCGAGCUCGAGAAGAAGUUCAGCGGCAAGGAUGUGGUGCUCGUCGCGACCCGCCGCAUCAACCCGGUUCCCUCCUCCGGCUUCGCCCGCGCCAGGCCCAGGUCUCGCACCCUCACCGCGGUCCACACCGCCCUCCUCGAGGACCUCGUCUACCCCACCGAGAUUGUCGGCAAGCGCCAGCGCUACAGGCUGGAUGGCUCCAGGCUCCUCAAGGUGUACCUCGAUCCCAAGGAUCGCAACACCACCGAGUACAAGCUGGACACUUUCGCGGGCGUGUACAAGAAGCUCACCGGUAAGGAGGUCGUCUUCGAGUUCCCCGUCCAGGAGUCCGCCUAAGCGUCGGAGACGCUUGGACGCGAUUCGCGGAGGUAGAGACUCUUAGAGUAUUGGGGGGGUUUGUAACGCGAGAGAUUAUUCGCUUUCGUGCUCAUC